AUGGAGCCGAGUGCCAAGCGGCCGAGGAUACUUGAAAGGGGCAAGACGCAGGAUGAGGAGUUGGACGAGCUGUUUGACACCGGCCUUUUCGACGAGCCGGCGCGGAGCUCCGAGGAGACGGAGCGGCAGCAGUUCUGCGAACGCCUGGUGGAGGACGGCUUUAAGAUCUCCGAGGAGGAGCUGCCGGAGCUCUUGGCCACGGUCCGCGACCGCGGGGCCGCGUGGGGCCGCAGCGCCAAUCUGCGGAGCUUGGCGCUGCUGGCGGCGUGCGUGGCGCGCAGCUCGCGCGGGGUGCGCAUCGCCUUCGUGGCGCAGGAGGGCUUGAAUGAGCUGGGCCAUGUGCUUAAGGAGGCAGUGACCUCCUUGGAGUCCGACCAAAAGGAGGAGGCGGGGAUGUUGGCGCUGGCGUGCUUGGCGUGCCUCAAGGCCUUGCCUUUGGGCAGGGCAGCCCUUUGGGAGCACCGGCAAGCCAUCGGCAAGCCCUUUGAUCAGCUGCACCGCUGGUGCGGCAAGACCACCACGGCGCUUGCGGCCGAGCUGCGGGCGCCCACGCUGGAGCUGUGCCGCAGGUGGCGCAGGCAGCCCAAGCCCGCGGCGCAGGAGCAGUCCCUGGAAGACAAGGCGCUGCGGAAGCGCGCCGUGGAUCUCAUCUCGCAGGGGCUGCAGGGCGUGGCUCGCGGCUCGCCGCUGGCCUCGCCCAUGGCCUCCCCGCUGCCGCCGCAGUCGCCGGCGCAGCUGCCCAACCACCUGGCGGCCGCUGAGGUGGAGAAUGCUCUUUGGGCGCGGUACGGCCGGAACAGAGCUGCAGAAUAUCGGCACCAUGCUCGCAUGCUGCGCACUAAUCUGGUGCUUCCCGGCAACGCAGAGCUCCGUGCCCGGAUCCUCUCAGGAGAUCUGCGGCCGGAGGAGCUGAUUUUGCUGGACUCCGACGCUUUGGCGCCGGAGGAGGUCCGCAAGAAGCGGGAGGAGCAGCGGGCGAAAGCCAUGAAGGAGUCCGUGGUGGAGGAGUUGGUGCCCAGGCGCCCGGACGGGGACAACACCUUCUUCGACCGCGGCGCGGAUCUCAACACCGCCCCUGCGGUGUGGGUGAGCCCAUCCAAGGACGAUGGGAAGGAGAAGGAGGAGGCCAAAGACAAGGAAGAGGUUCCUCGCAUGCUGCCGCCUCCCACGCCUUUCCAGCACGCGGGUCCGACGCCGCGUCUGGAGAUAAAGGAAGGGACCGAGGUGCUGGAAGUGAUGCCAACUCCUGGACCUAUCCAGGAGGAUGAUGAUGAGAUGGGGGUACUACGCUACCUCGCCUCGUCACCAUAG